AUGCGCGCGUGUCCGUGCGGCCGCGGCUGUGUCCGUGUGUCUCCGGGGGAGGGGGACGGGGGGGGGGGGCGCGGGGACGGAGGGGGAGAGGUUACUGUGGGAGAAUAUAUCUUUCCUACGCAUCCCUCCCACCCUUCCUCCGGUGCAAGCGCCACUAAAUCUCACCCUAACAUCCCUUCGCUUUGGGAGACGUGGCGAGACCGCCAGAGGGAUGCGGGCGGCCCCGUAAGUGCUCUCCCCGUGCGGGAGACGUCCGCGUCCCCCGAGCCGCCCGUGCCUAGAGGGGAGGAGGCGGCUGAGCCGCUGCGGGAGGACCGCAGCACAACGAGCGCCCGCUUCGGGGAUUCACCCGGCACGGCUCCGGUGAAGACCCGCACUCUCCCUUCCCUACCCAACCCGGACGGCAGCUCCGCAGACACGAACCCGGCGGCACCUCACGCAUUAUCUCGGACGGCCCUCCCGGGCAACUCGGCGGGUGGGGGGCCGUUCCCGGCAGCCAGGGGGCCGCGACCUUUUCCCCGCCCCUACCGGCAGGGCGGACGGCGAGGCCCCCGGGACGUGGCCGUGCCUGCCGCGGCCAGGCGCACCCCGGCAUCCAGCGCAGAUACGAGCCCGCCGUCUCCCCCGAUAGAGACUCACCGAGCGCGAAUCCCGCCCCCCUCCUCCCGAAGCACUCGACCGGGCCGUCGGAAGGCUUAGCCCCUAGGGCACGCGUGUCACAGCUCCGCGGGGCCGCGUGUGGCUGCGCUCCCGUUGCGCUCCGCGCCCGGCCGGCCGCACUCUCAGCCCCGCGCCGCGGCCCCGGUGAGAAGUCGCUCCCCCGGAGCUGCGGUGCUAAAAGCGCCGCGAGGAGCGGUUACCUGCCGCUGCGACGGUGGGCCCCGAUGUUCUCCGGUGGCAACUGGAGCUGCGGCGUUCCCAUUCCCCGAGGCGUUAAAGUUACCGCGAAGCAUCGCCGACCUCCAAACGAUGUUUUGAGAACGUAAAUGCUGCAACAAAAUAAAUCGAAACGGCCCGUUACCGGCGAAACCGAGUGUAA